AUGAAAGUGGCGCAACGUUUCCAAGAUUUUACAUCAGUUUUGGCCUCUGGCAACUACCAAGCGGCUAUGGUCCGAGCCGGCAGAUCUUUAAGGGAGCGAUUGGUAAUUUUUUGCCUUUUUUCCUUGAUUUUUUUUUGAUUCACGAUGGGAAUAUAGCUCAGUAUGUUGAACUUUUCAGGAUAUAGAAAGAUUUCAGUUAAAGGCUGAUGAGAAUAAGAUAAAAUUUUUUGGAAUUCCGUUUUUUUUUUGUUUCUGUGAUGAUUUGUGGACUUUCAUUCAUUUAUAGUAUGCUUCUAGCUUUGAAAAUUACAUAAUUUGAAAUUUGCCGAUUUCUGGAUUUUUCUGAAGUAUUUUUUUCAGUUAUUUUUAUUAGUCAUUUCUUCUAUUUUUGAAAGUCCUUGUUGAAGGCUUUAAAAUAGACCAAUUUUGUCAUUCGCAGCUGUUUUUUUGUAACGAACAGAGGUUUGCAGAGUGUAAUAAUUUUUUUCAACAAAUUUUGAUAGUUUUUCUUUUUAAAGUUUUCAAGCUCUUUUCAAAAAUAUUUUUGUAUCAGCUCUGUUCAUUAUAAAAAAUUUUUUUGUAAAGUUAGAAUGAAAAUGAAGAAAAAUUUUCAAACUAUAAAAAGUUUUUGCCAUAUUUUUUUAGAUGUGAUUUUUUUAACUAAACCCAAUUUUUUUCUGUUUUUUUCUAUUGUGUUAAUGACUCGAAGGCCUAUAGAUAAAAAAAUUGAUUUUUUUGGAAUGGAGAAAUUUUUUUGAAGGAUGUUUAGCUUCAAUGGGCACGUGAAGUUAUUUUUUUAAAAAAAUAGUUUUUAAGCCUGAAAUGUUCAGAUUUUUUUCUAUUCUUCAUUCUUUUUUUGGCUUUUUGUUUAUAAUUUUCAAGGGAAAAAAACAGGACUAGUUUUUGGGUUGUUUAUAAAAAAGUACAUAACUGACGCCAUAUUUUCAAAGAAAGUUUCGAGAAUCGCGUAUUCUCAGAUGAAAAUACGCGUAUUUUCAGUUUACAAGGAAGUUUAUGUCUGGAUUUUUUCUAUUUGUUUAUUUUACCAUUCGAGAAUUUUUAUAAAAAGAUGUUAGGUUUUUCAUGUAUUUUUUUAUUUAGGAAGUGAUCAGAUUUUUUUGAAACCUCCCAAUUUUUGGAUUAUUUUUGGGAAAAAAAUUAAUUCCUGUUGAUCGAUGAUAUAUUUUUAUUUUUCAAUUUAACAUAUUCCGGAAACUUCGUGGAAUUUUGAAAAGUUUUGAGACGGUCAUUUGAGGGUUAAAGCAAUUUUGGCGUUUCAAGUGGUCACUUGAGGAGUUUUGCUAUUUGUUUAUAACGCUACCGUUUCCAUUAGCCUUUUCGAUGAGAAAUUGUUUUUGGAUUUUUUUCUCAAAAUUUGAAAAAGACCUUUUUGAGUGUGUCUAUGAAAAAAACCACUUCAAUGAGGAAAACUCGAUUUUUUUAAAUUUAAAAAAACCUAGAAAAAAAUGACUCUUAAGUGACCACUUGAAAUGGAAUACAUUAGUUGUCUCGAUUUUUUUGAAUAUCUCUAAUAAAAAGCAAGUCUAAAAAAUUUUUCUGUCGAUUUGUAGAGAAAUGAAAUUUCCUGCUCAACGUCUUCAGACUAAUUAUUGAAGUAAUUGCUUAAGGCUUCACUUUCUUAACUUGAACCUUUGAUGAAAUAGGUUUUUUCCCUUUUAAUGAUCACCAAUAAGUUCAAAACGUAUAAAAUAAGCCCCUUUUUGUUAUUUUCUCAAAAAGAAACGAAUUCUUGAAGAACGAGACCUUGAAGCUUUAGUCAAGCGUGCCAAAACGCGGCGAUUCCCCGUGAAACGGCGAACCGACGUCCAAAACCCGAUUCGUUUCAACCGGUUCGCCCGCGUCAUUCUUUUCCCGGGGACAGUUGUUCUCUCGAACUGCCCAAACAACAGUUUUCUCUUGGACUAUUUUUAUUUUUGUUCCGAUUGCGCAAUACUUCUUGUUUGUUUCUUGGUAGUUUGCUCUUCUUCUUGUUUCUUUGCCCCUCGUGUUGACUCGAAAAAUGGUAAAGUUUAUCCAGCGAGGCUUGGAACAUCGGGGUCGCACGUAGAAUGGCUUGAGGCACGGGUUUUUUCGUUACUUUGUCCCCUAAGUUGGCUGAAACCUAUCCAGCAUGACUUGGAACGCCGGGAUAGCGUUUAGAAUGGCUUAGGACACGGGGUUUCUCGUUUUUCUUUUUCUCUUUGAUUGGUUCAAAAAAAAACUGUAAAAUCUAUCCAGCGAGGCAGAAAACGCUCUGGUCGCGUUUGGCAUGGCUCAAAACGUAGCUCUCCUUUUUUGAGCCUUGGGCUGUAUACGAUGGAAAGAUAAUUUGAACGUAGAAGUGCUCGAAGUUUUGCCGUGGAAUUGAUCUAGGGCUUUCUCUGGAGUAUUCAAAGUCACAAAGUCGCGGAAGUCGUUUCAAGUCGGGAGUGCUUGAAAGAAACCGCUACGCGUCGAGCCAUUCCAAGUGCGAGCAUGAGCUCCGAAUUUUUGAAUCUUUAAUUCAAAAUUCUUGCAAAAGGCGUAGACUCUCAUGCAGUGCUCAAAGUAAUUUCCGAGAAGUUCAAAAUUAUCUCUGACUUUCCCAAUUCCAGUUGUCUUUUCCAUUAUCUGAAGGUUUUUUAAAACUUCGCGGAAUCAUUUUGAAAACUUCAUCAAAGAGAAACGAUUGGAAUGGAUUUUUGCUUUCAAUAACCGGAAAAAGUUCAAAAUGAUGAAAAUCACCAACUUGGAGAAGGUCUUCACUACCUUUAUUUCCAAAAUUAAUCUUAAAAUUUCAAGUAAAACACUUUUUUAGACUUUUUUCAGUCAGAAUAUACCUGAACCCUCAAUUUUCUCCUUUUUCUCAUUUCCGAUCCUCCGUCGUAUUAUAGCCUACGGCGAUUGGUGUUUGGAGUGAUAGAAUCGCCCCUCGUUAUCAUUCAUUUUCCUUGCUAUCAUUCACAUUUUCUUGCAAAGUUUUUCCGCCGCUGUUUUCAAACGCUUUUUGAACCGGAUGUCGUUGUUUUGUACUGUAGUUUAUCUUCUUUAUUUUAUUGAAGAUAGCUUGAAAGUCCUUGAAACAGGAAUUUCAAUCAUAAAGAAACCUUUUUUGAACUGAAACUUUUGAAUUGUAUUUUCCGCUAGAGAUUACAUCUCUAUUUUUUCGAAAUUGUUAAUUCGAGUUAAGAUUUUUGCAGUAGAUUGAACUAUAGAACCAUCUGAAACUUGAAUUUUUUCUUUUUUCCCAAGGAAGGUACGAAUUUCUUGAAAAUUUGUCAGAGUAUCACUUGAAGCCCCAAAUUGAGGUCCAGAAAGUCUCAACCAGCACAACUUCCUAUUUUUCGAGAAAUAAGGACUCCUCGAAAUGGCCUUCUUGACGGAUUUUUAGGAUUUUUAGGAUUUUUUUGGAUUUCAAGGUGCUCUCAUAGGAAGUUGUGCAGGUCGAAAUUUUCAAAAACGUCUUCUAAAACAUCGAAAAGCAUUCUGGCCCAUUUUCGAAAAAUUCGAAAAAUUCCAAGAAAAUGACCUCCCUCGUAAUCGAUUCAUCGAUUCUCCAACCGGAUUUCGGACAAUUAUCCUCGCAAAAAGUGAAUAUUCGACCUCUAAAAAAAGUUGCGGUGCACCCCGCGUCGAACCGGCCAUCGGGGUGCACCCCUCGUUGAACUCAGCGCGAUUGGGUGCACCCCGCGUUGAACUUUUCGGUGAACCCCUGGUUACACUGCGGGGUGAACCAAACAGUUCGACGCGGGGUGCACCGCAACUUUUGUUAGAGACACUUUUUCAGUUGAUGGGAAACUAUCUUUCUUCUUCCCGACCUUCUUCCACUGAAAUCCUCAACGCCACCUGUGGGCCGGUCCGUGGAAAUGCUUAUCAGCAGGUUGGUUUUAAAUGAUGUAAUGUCAUUUUUGGUCUAGAAAAUGAAAAAAAAAAUGGAGCAAAAAGAAAAGAAUUCGUGGAAUACCUGGUUGAGAACUGCAGAUUUCCACAGUUUUUGUUUUUUUCUUUCAGAAUGAGAGCCAAAAUUUUAAAAAGUUCCGCAAAGGGAAUUGGGAACUGAGUUCUCAGCUGGAUUUUUAAAUGAAUUAUUCAAAAUUUAAAUUCCUUUUUUUCGUCUUAUCAUGGAAAUCAGCGAUUUUCAGCGGCUCGUUUUUGAGGCUUUUUCUCGGCGUUUUUUUCUGUCCAUGGCUAGUUAUUUUUUCAUGAGUUACAUGAAAAAUGCGCUUCUCCCAUGUAUGAAAAAAACUCCGCGGCUAUUUUUUGUGAACCACUUUUGCCCUUUGUCAGAUCUUUAUUUCUUACCAGGGAAGUAUUUUUUUUUUAUCAAAUUAUUGAUAAAAACGGGCUGAAUCUUCUGGUUCUAGGCAAAUUAUUCCAAUUUAUGAAUUUUUUGAAUUUUUGGGGGGUCGCAAAUAGACUAAAAAGCCAAAAAGUCCGGAAUUUUUCAAUUUUUUGGAGUCUUGGAUCCUCAAUUCCUUCAGCCCAAGUUUCAUUAGAAAAAUCGGCGCAAAAAUUUUUAGUUAUUUUUUUUAGGAAGACGGCCGGUUUGUCGAUGGCUACCUAGGUAUUCCCUACGCGAAGCCGCCAGUUGGAGAGCUCCGAUUUAAGGUGAAAAUUGACCUUUUUCUAUUGAAAAAAUUGAUUUCGAUGUUUUUUUUUUCCCUUGAAGUAUGAAGUUUUUUUAAAAUCAUUUUCCUAUUUUCUAUGAUUUUUCCUAUCGGAAAAUCCCUCUGGGCUUUGACCUAAGAAAAAAUUUGACUUAAUCGGAAAAUUGAGCUUCAAAAAAGACCAGCUUCAAAUGGUCUGAAGCGUUGCGGAUAAAAAUCAUAAACUUUCGUUCAAGCUUUUUAAUGCCUCUGUGCGCAAGCAGUUACAAGUCGUUUGCAAGCUUUGGCAGUCGUAUGUGUUUCCCGAAGGCAUGGGAAUUUUUUCGCUUUAGCUUUUUUUUUCUCAAAUUGAAAAGGUUUCAGAAACCAGAACCGCACGAAAUUUGGUCGGAGCCACGGGAAUGCCAGAAAUUCGGACCGAGGUGUCCACAAAACGACGAUUUCUUCGGAGCUGUUAGUUGUGAAAAUAUUGGAAAGAAACAAGGAAUUUUUGCAGUUUGUCAAUAUUGUCGGCAAAAAUGAGGCUCAUUGUUUGACGCUCAAUGUCUUUGCCCCACGGUGGCAAAGCGAGGAAUGGGUAAGGAUUUGAUAAAGAAAUUUUAGAUUUUUUGAUUAUCAUAAUGUUUAUUUCCUUCACAAUACUAGUCAUUAACGAAAGAAAGGUUCAGUAUUUCAUAUAGAAAUUAUAGGAUGAAGGUCCGAAAUUUAAUAGAGAAAUUUAAGAUUUAAGGUUCAAAGUUUCAAAAAUCAAAAAAACAAUUUUUUUCGACCUUGAACUUGUAGCCGAAAAAUUGUUAUAUUUUUGAGAACUUUCCUGAUGAAAUAUUAUCUUAGUAUCUUCCUAUAAGAGGUCUUAGCGUCUUUAGAAAAAAAGAUUUUUAUUCAUUGCAAAAUUAAUAAAAGGAUGAUUAUGAUCAUCGAGUCAGUAGGAAAAGGUAGAAAGCUUGUGAAAAAUUCAGAAAUUUUGAAUUUCCCUCCAAAGGUUUGAAUUCGCAACCGUGGAUUUGCAGGAAAAUCAAUACGGAACUUACUGUAGUCUGUAAAAUUGAAAAAAAAAAUUUUUUUAAAUUUUUUUCAAGCUUGAAAUUUCCACUCAAAGAGGCCUUGAGGGCUUUGACUUUAAAAAAAAUUCAGGAGGGAUUUUUGAAUUUACAACUAUUUUUGGAUUUUCCAGAAAUCCGGAUUUCCAGUUAUGGUAUUUAUUCACGGCGGCGGCUUUUCCGUCCAUUCUAGCAGUAACUAUGGCGAUAGAACUAUCGCCAGGUAACAAAAAAUAGUACUCAUAAGGUUUUAAAAGAUGGUUUUUACAGAAACCUCUGUGUGAAAGAUGUCGUCGUGGUGUCGAUCAAUUAUCGGCUCGGCAUUUUGGGAUUCUUCACCACUGGAGAUGAUGUUUGUAAAGGUAAAAACUGAGAAAAGUCUUUUUCGAUUUUAAUGUAAAAAAAAAUGGUUCUUUUCCCUUUAAUUUGGAUUUUUUCUCUUGGAACUUUUCGAUUUUCAUCAGUUUGAGUCUGAUUUAGCUAUGAUAAUGAGAUUUUCAAUGAAAACAGGUAGAGAAAUAAUUCAAAAAUGGCUUACUUGUAGUUGACUCACGGCUAGCCAGCCGAAAGAGGGUUCCGACACGAUGAGAACGGAGACAGUGCUUGCUAAGUAGAGAGCGCAGACAGGCCACGCCCCCUUAGCGCCCAAAGCUGACCAUGAAUCAACUAUACCUUUUUUUCAAUAUUUUUGCAAAAUUUUCGAUAGGCAAUCAUAAAAGUGACCUCCAAAAAUGGGCACAUGAGAAAAGUAAUUCAAAAAUCAGGCUUUUGGAGAGGAAUAUUUCCUUCAUUUCAAGAAAAUUUGCUCAGUUAUACUCUGUUUUUUGCGGCUUUUCUGCGCCCUCCUCGUUUCUCGGCGAUUCUCUUUUAUUUACGUGCUAUUUUCAUGUUUCUCUGACCUUGCCGACGAGAGAGAAGAGAGCGCAGACAGAUUAUACUGUUUGAAGUUUUUACGAAUGGACUAUAAAUUUAUAACUUCGUAAAAAUCAGUUGCAAGUCCGGAAAUUUCAGGAAACUUUGGCCUCUGGGACCAGACGCUGGCCCUGAAAUGGGUCCAGGAACACAUUGCCUCCUUCGGCGGAGACCCGAAAAAUGUGACUAUUUUUGGGCAAAGUGCCGGCGGAGCUUCUGUAGAUCUGCUCAGUUUGAGCCCUCACUCGAGAGGUCCAGAAAAAAUGAAAAAAUGAAGAGGAAGAAGAAUGGUUUUAGAUCUUUUCCAAAGGGUGAUCCCGAUGGCCGGAUGCGGAGAAUGCGAUUUUGCUUAUCGGUCCAAUGAACAGCAAGCGACGUUGUGUAGAGAAUAUCUCAAGUUCAUCGGUUGGGAUGGCGAGGGUGAGGAUUGAGAAAGAUGAAAAUUGAAAAUGUUUAAAAAUUGAAAUUCAGGUCAAAAGUAUGCUAGAUAAGCGAUCUAUGCGCUUUUAAUUUGAAGCUUUUGAAGUGAUCACUCAAGAGAAAAAAGUCUAUAAUCGAUUCUUGAGGAAAUAUAGAACAUUUUCGUUUUAAAAUUAUGCUAAAAUAGACAGUCAGUAUAACUUGAAUCAGUAACUAUUCAAAUUAUCACUGAAAUGAUCACAUGAAGAGUGAGCAAAAGCGAGAGACAUUGGUUGGCUGAAGAGACGGUAGAGAAAGAAAGAAAUCUUGCUUCUCUGAUGUCUCUUCAGCUUCCGGAUGUUCUCGCAUAUCCUAACAUCUUUUCUAUUGUUUCAAGUAGAAUUUUGUCUUCUGAGCAGACACUUGAGACAGCGGUGGACUGAAGAGACGCCAGAGAAAGAGAGAGACUUCUAACUUCUCUGGCCUCUCUUCAAUUUGCCCUUGAUCUCUCAAUCUUGGUUUUUUAAUUUCAAAUUGAGUUUUUUUUAAAGUUUUUCAACACUAAACUGUCAAAUAAACUGUAAAUUUUUUUUCUCGAUCUAAUUUUUUUUUCUUAAUUUUAGACAAAGACACGAAAGGUUUGUUGGAAUGGCUCAAAAAUCAAUCGACGACCAAAUUGGAAGUUGGAAUCACGCCCAAAAAGGUAUAUUUUACUUAGGGACGGCGCAGUAGUCCCUAUAGGGAGCACUGAAGCUUCAAGGCUUUAGUGGACCCCUCAAAAAUCACUAUAGCAAUACAAUUUUGGCCCUAUAGGGAUCCUCAAAGCAAUAAAACCCCUAUAGGGACCCCUCCUGAAAUUCUCAGUAUCUCUGAAAAAUAAUUUAAUUAUUCUCAAGGACUUCCGCCAUUCACAAUCUGGAAACCUCUAUUUCGUGCCCAAUUACGACGGCGAUUUCUUCCCGAAACCCAUUUCGCAACUUCGAAAAGAGGCCCCGAAAAAGCAGAUAAUGGCUGGAACGACCGAAUUUGAAGGACUGUUUUUCGGUGAGUUCGUGGGAAGAAAAUUGACAAUAAUAGCCUUCACAAUGUGGACAUUUGCGCUCCAUGGACAAUUUUAAAGAAAAAAAAAUAAUGGAAAAAUUUUUGUCAUCAUAUUGUUCUAUAAGAUGAGCUCGGUUUCUUGGUCCUCAAUGAAUUAGGAAAUGACCAGAAUUUCAAAAAUAUCAAAAACACGAUUUUCUGACUUUUGGGUACCUUUUUCGGUUGAGCUUGAAAAAAUCUCAUUUCUCGGUGUUCUCCUCUUCUUCGCCGACGAUUUCGUAUAUUUUUCAUUUCCAUUACCUUGCCGGUGAGAGAGACGAGAGCGCAGACAGGUUAGACUCAUUGAAGUUGUUAUGAAUGGACUAUUGAAUCCAAGUAAGCUUGAUCUUUCCAGUCGGCCUUGGCGGAAUGGGCAAAAACGUGGAGACGAUCAGAAAGUUCGCAAAAACGAUCUACAAGGAGUGCGACUACGGAGUCGAGGCCGGAAACAUCCAGAACGAGAUCUACGAGUACUACACGAAAGAUCUCGACCCGAAAGACAAGGAGAAAGUCAUCCAGCAGCUGGUCCACGUCCGUUUUCCUCUCUGGAGCAGUAGAUGAUCAAAUUUUUCAGUUCGUCGGCGACUGCGCCAUCAACGUCGGCAUGUACAACUACGCCAAGAUCAUGACCGAACUCGGUCACGACGUCUAUUUCUACUCAUUCGACCAUUUCAAUCCCAAUGGCUUCGGCAUCUUCAAGUGGUUCUUGCCGUUUUUGGGUUAGUUGAAUGGUUUUUUUUCCGGAUAGGGGAGGAUUAUAAAUGUCGGGGAAUUUUCCGAACAUUUCCUCUUUUUUUGGUACCGUGAUUUCAGUGAAGAACAUUAAAACAUCAUCUUUCCGCGUGAAUUUCUUUUUCUUCUCCCGCCAGAAACUGCGUCGCGUCGUUACUAACUUCAGCUUUUACUGUCUUCCAAACAGGUUUACUAAAAAUCUCGAUAUUGUCUCAAACUUUUCGACAAGAGAUCUUUUGAAGUUCUUGUGUCGUCCCAGCUUCCCGAGAAGGGUCUCAAAAAAUGUUUCGCCACAAAAAAUCGAGACAAAAUUCAUCUUGUCGAUCUCGUCUCGAUUUUCUGAGAUGGUACUUCGAAAGUUUCUCGUCUCGAAAAAUUGAGACACUAAUUUUGUUCUUCUCGAUCUCGAAAAACUAGAGACAAGAAAUGAUAUCGUCUCUAAUUUUUCUAAUAAACUUUCCGAACUCGUCUUUAUUUUUGACGUAGGCUUUCAAAAGUUUCUCGACUCAUCUCGAAAAUUUCUAGUAAAUUUCUCGUGCUCAGAAACGCACAGCCUGAUCAACUCUGCUUCCAAGUCAGGAAAUAUUGACUCUAUCAGAAAGCCGUGUAGCUCAAUAAUCUAUGGAAAAUUCUGAAUUUCGAGCGUUUAGGUGUAAUUAUUUUGUCAAGACUUUCUUUAAGCUUCUCCUUGAAUUUAUCAAGCAACAGGAAAUUUUUCUUCUAUGUAGCAGAGUGAAAUGAAUAUACAAAUAUUUCAACUUUAAUGCUUUCAGUUUACAGCUAGCUUUCCCCACUGUUAAGAUCCAUUUUUCAGAAAUCUUUCAUUUUUUUUUUCAGGAGCCACUCACUGCAUCGAAAUCCGCUACAUCUUGGGCAAAGGACUCAUUUCGAAGUUUAGCCCAGACGAUGAUGACCGGAAAGUCAUCCACAUCAUGACUACCCUCUUCACCAAUUUCGCCAAAUACGGGUGAGUUUUGAAAAAAAAAAUGGGGUCAAGAAGAAGUUUCUCCUUGGAGCACAUUUGCUUGAGGCGUUGGUGGCUAUUUUUCUUUUUCUCAUUUUGUUUUUUUUUUUUUGAACUUUCAUCAGCAAUGAAAAAAUGAGCACUUUGCUGGAAAAUGCUUCAAUUAAAAAAAACACAUUUUUUUUCAGUGAUCCGAAUCCAUUGGACGGCCAGACGGUCUGGGAAAAGCAGAACAUAGAAAAUCCAUAUCGACACCUCCAAAUCAAGCUUCCGGCCCCGAAAAUGGUCGAAGAUUAUCAGGCCCGAAGAGCCGAGUUCUGGGACGCCAUCCGCGCCAAGAAUAUCACGAGGAGUAGCUUGUAA